GGUAAAUAGAGGUUAUGGCUAAUUAUUUGUUUUAUUAAUCCAUUUUAGAUAAGAUGUAAAUUUUCUCACAUAUUUUUAAGAUGUACAAUGAAUCAAGUAACUCUCAAAUAUAAAUACAUAAUUUUGACUUGUGUAUUAAUUCUAGUUUUGUUUGUAAUCCUCGCCAGGAAUUUAAACGAUGGGAAAUACGAAAAUGACACUGAAAAAAAUUUAUGGAAGUUUCCAGAGGACGUGAAUCAUGCAAAUUAUCUACUAAAUGAGGCUUAUCGAAAGAUAGAAGCUCUUGAAGAAAAAAUUAUCUCGCUGGAAGGCCGAGUACCUAAGACUUAUCCAGAUGUCAAUUUUUUAAAUUACUUGAAAAGGAAAAGGAUAUUAAUCACAGGUGGGGCUGGAUUUGUAGGAUCUCAUCUUGUGGACCGUUUAAUGUUGGAUGGUCACGAAAUAUUAGUAGUGGACAAUUUUUUCACAGGAAGAAAGAGAAAUGUAGAGCACUGGAUAGGACAUGAGAAUUUUGAAUUAAUACAUCACGAUAUAGUUAAUCCUUUGUUUAUUGAAGUUGAUGAAAUAUAUCAUUUAGCUAGUCCCGCUAGUCCACCUCACUAUAUGCAUAAUCCAGUUAAAACUAUUAAAACCAACACACUAGGAACAAUAAAUAUUUUAGGAUUAGCAAGAAGGCUUAAUGCAAAAAUUUUAAUAGCCAGCACAUCAGAAGUGUAUGGUGAUCCAGACAUUCACCCACAACCCGAAACAUAUUGGGGACAUGUAAAUCCAAUUGGACCGAGAGCAUGUUAUGAUGAAGGUAAAAGGGUUUCAGAAACAUUGACGUAUGCUUAUGCAAAGCAAGAAAAUAUGCAGGUUCGUGUAGCCAGAAUUUUUAAUACCUACGGCCCUAGAAUGCAUAUGAACGAUGGCAGAGUGGUUUCAAACUUUAUUUUGCAAGCAUUACAAAAUGAUGUCAUUACUGUGUAUGGCUCUGGUGAACAAACGCGCUCCUUUCAAUAUGUAUCGGACUUAGUUGAAGGGAUGAUAUCACUUAUGAAUUCGAAUUAUUCGCAGCCUGUUAAUUUAGGAAAUCCUGUAGAACAUACUAUAAAUGAAUUUGCGUCCAUUAUUAAAAAUCUUGUGGGAGGCCAUAGCAAAAUUAUUCACGUAAGCGAAGUGGAAGACGAUCCUCAAAGAAGAAGACCGAAUAUAACGCGAGCAAAGACUUAUUUGAACUGGGAACCAAAAGUAGAUUUAAAUACCGGGUUGCAUAAGACUGUCGAAUAUUUUAGGCAAGAGCUCAAAAGAUUUAAGUAUACACACAGAAUAAAUUUAAAUUGA